GUCGGACAUAUUCACUUUCCAUAUUAGCAUCAAAGCCACUGAUUCCUUUAAAUCAAUCAAACGCUUCAAUCUUCCAGACACACACACGCUCUCUGUUUGGAUCUGUUUCUUUCUUUCUCAAAGAAAUGGCUCUGAGGUCUCUGGAUAAUGCUCUCCCGAUAACACCGGAAAGGCCCAAAAAGCAAGCGAAAGUUGCAGUUUCAAUUCAGAAACAGUCUGAUUUUGGUGUGAAUGAUGAGAACAAAGCUCCAUUGCCACCAACUGCAGAUGCCACCAUUGACUACAUCUCUUCUGAGAAUCUUAAAGCCAUGCCUGACCCAGAAAUCCAGAUAACUGGUUUGACUGAGGGAUUGGAUUCCAAGGAUUGGGCCAAGGUGUGUGAAUCUCUGAACGACGCUAGGCGGUUUGCGCUGUAUCAUUCCGCUCUGAUGGCACCGAUCUUAGAAAAAGUGCUGUUGGUGCUGGUGAAGGCCAUGAAGAACCCUAGAAGUGCUCUGUCCAAGACCUCUAUCAUGGCUUCAACUGAUAUCUUCAAUACCUUUGGUGAUGAGUUGCUUCAGCCCACCAACUCUGAUGCAUUUGAUCACAUGCUGCUGCAGCUAUUGUUGAAGGCAUCACAAGAUAAGAAGUUUGUGUGUGAAGAAGCAGACAAGGCACUCAAGGCAAUGGUGGGUUCCAUGACUCCUCUCCCUCUGCUCCAAAAGCUCCAGGCUUAUGUUAACCAUGCCAACCUCAGAAUCAGGGCCAAAGCUGCCAUAUCCAUCUCCCAUUGUGUCUCCAAGAUGGGGCUGGAGGGAAUGAAAGAGUUUGGGUUGGUUUCACUGGUUCAAAUUGCUGCUGAAUUGUUGAAUGAUAGACUGCCUGAGGCGAGGGAGGCAGCUAGGAGCACUGUGAUCUCAAUUUAUGAUGCGUUUACGGAGAAUGAAGAACAGAAACAGGAAUCAUGGCAAAACUUUUGUCAAUCAAAUUUAACCCCUCUUCAUGCUCAAUCGAUGGUUAAAAUUAUCUCUUCUCAGUAGUUUUAUGUGAUACGCACAACCGAUGAGCGUAGACCUUGUUUUUCUCAGUUCAUGUAGUUUAGAUCUUGUUCCUCAGCUCAUGUAAAUGCUGUAAUACAUGAUUCUAUAUGAGGGAAAGCAAUAAAGGAUGGUUUGUUUAAGGUUA